AUGCGUUGGCAAGUAGAAUCGUGCGAUGGUCGUACCAGGUUGAGAAAUCUGCUUGAAUCGAAGAGAGCACGUAUUGUUAUUGUUCAACUGACCCCACUAGCAAUUAUGAAGGAUGCCCUGGGGCCACUUGUCCACCAAAUUCAGUGUGUGUUAGCAAUCAGUGUGUUCGAAAUCCUUUGCUACCACCAGGGUCGCGGUCCGUAUAACUAUAUAGGAGCACUUAUCGAAUGCACAGCACGUGGUGGGACUGUUGCAUCGGUAUUAUCAGAUGCUGAAAACACAUUCAUUAAUGGUUUGGUUGGUGGUGGUGCUUAUUGGAUUGGGUUACGAAAAGCUGGAGCAAUAUGGUUGUGGCAAAAUGGAGCACCAGCAACCUACACCAAUUGGCGCCGAAGCCAACCUGACGGAUGUUGUGGAGGAGAUGUUACGUGUGUACUUGUAAACUACGCUAAUGCUGCUGGCCAAUGGGACGAUGCUGGUUGCAGCCAAUUAUGGCGUAAUCCCUCGAAUAUUGUCUGCAAAAGAGCAGCUCAGUAG